GAGAACAGAGUACGGUACGGAGCGACACACUCACAGCACAGAGGGGCCCCCGCCGUUCCGCGCCUGGGUCGUGUGCCUUCAUUUGUGCGUUAGGAGAACGCGGAUCUCAUGGAAUUCUUAAAGCAGGAAAGAAACUGAAAUAUCGAAAGCGCAGCUUCUGGGUUCUUUCCCCCAACUUGGUGGAAACUUGGAGGUUCCAUCGAGGCGCUCUUGGCCACAGCUCUCUAAAAGAUGCACUAUUACCGGUAUUCUUCUGCUGAAAUCAGCUGUUGGUACAAAUACCUACUCUUCAGUUACAACAUAGUAUUCUGGUUAGCUGGAGUUGCUUUUCUUGGAGCUGGUCUUUGGGCCUGGAGUGAAAAGGGUGUGCUGUCUGACUUAUCCAAAAUUACCCAUCUCCCUGGCUUUGACCCUGUGGUCCUUAUCUUGUUUGUUGGAGGGAUAAUGUUCAUUCUGGGAUUUGCUGGGUGUAUAGGAGCCCUGCGGGAGAACAUCUGCCUUCUGAAAUUCUUCUGUGGCACAAUUGUGCUCAUUUUUGUCAUGGAGUUGGCGGUGGCAGUGCUGGCUUUCUUGUUCCAAGACUGGGUGAGGGACCGGGUGGAGACCUUCUUCAAGAACAAUAUAAAGUCUUACCGGGAUGACAUUGACCUGCAGAACCUCAUAGACUCGUUGCAGAAGAUGAAUCAAUGCUGCGGUGCCGAGAAUCCAAACGAUUGGAACCUUAACAUUUACUUCAACUGCAGUAGCGCAAGCAAAAGCCGGGAGAAGUGUGGGGUCCCGUUUUCUUGCUGUAUCCAAAAUCCUACUGAAAAUGUUGUGAACACACAGUGUGGCUAUGAUGUCCGGAAUCUGAGCGAAUCCAUUUGGGAUGAACGCAUCUUCACCAAAGGCUGCAUCCCUGCUCUGGAAGCCUGGUUGCCUCGGAAUAUUUACAUUGUGGCAGGAGUCUUUGUCGCAAUUUCAUUACUGCAGAUAUUCGGGAUUUACCUGGCCAAGACACUGAUUUCUGAUAUUGAAGCUGUGAAGGCAAGAUUCCGCUUCUGAAGAUAAAAGUAGAGAUCCUAUGAAAAGACAGAUCAACGUUCACUGCUCUUACCUUGACAGCAAAGAGAAAGGAAAUGAAACCUGCCACCUAGGAAAGAUUUGAGGCAUCUAUUGCUUAAAGCCAUAACACUACUUUUUAAAAACGUAUAGCUGGAUGCUGUCUUGCUUAGCUACAAGCCAGGGCUGAGAAAUGCCUGCUCCUCUUCUCACCCACCUCGUGAAUUUUUUUUUUUUUGCAACUCUGAUCUCUUGGAGGAAAGCAUAUUUAUCUUCAGCCUUCAGUACACAAUGUGAAGAUUCAAUUCUAAACUCAAUAGACGCUACUAGAAGCUCCUACCAUAAACUGAUUACUGUCCAAGGAACGCUGUCUUGGUUCUCCCUUUACAGUAGUUAGAGAUUAGAAUGGUUACAUUCCAAAUGUUGAUCAAGGCCUAGAAGAAAGUCCCAUGAUACCAAAUGAUUCCAUCCUAGGGAAGGGUGGGGUGGAGGCGGGGUAAGAUAUAUGAAACACCUUUGAUAUUGAAAACUUGUUCAGGGAAUGUUCUGCAUGUUGACAAAUUGAAGUACACACACUGUGUCACUGUGUACACUUUUUAAAAUGAAGCCAUGUUUGUACAGAUGUGUGCGGGGAGACUUCUGAUCUCAAUGGAGACCUCAGCUAUACAGAAGGAGGGUGUCCCUCUUAUUCGGACUAGUUCUAAUGUAUCCAUUUCAGGAGCAAGAAGCCUGAAAAGAACACUGGAGUUAUUUCAAAAGGACGUGUGUUGUCUUGAAAAAUCCUUGCCUACAUGGAUUUUUAUAUAAAAAAUAGUAAUCUGUACAUUCAGUAGCAUCAAACCACUGACCUAUUUGGAAAGGUCAAGACUGGAUUCUCAUGCCAUUUCUUCCUUUCCGAACUUUGUAUUAUGGCCUUAUUUAUAGACAUUUGAACAAGAAAAUGUACUCUCACAAUUUUGCUAACACUUUUCCUUAUACUACUAAUUUCUAAAAUCAUUUCCCUGCUGGACUGAAGUGGCUUGUUUUGCUAGACACAUCGAAGGAAACAUCCAUGGUUCCACCUAUUUGCUCUUGAACUUAUGUCUUCUACCUUUUUUUUACAACAGUGUGUUAGCAUUGUGGUCUAAGCUAAAAUCUCCUAGAUAUAUGCAGGCUAUUUAAAAGUUCAAUGGUAUUUGAAUAAUGCAACACUCUUUUAAGAAGAAGAAGAAGAAGAAAAAAGAACGUAUUAGUCAUUUUCACUCCAGGCAUUUGCUCUGGCAAAUAGAUGUGCUUAGACUUGUCCUGUGUCAGAAUUAGGUGAAAAGAGUUCUCCUGAUGUUUUCGACCCAAUUCGCAGCCAUCCUGACCAUUGGCCAUGCUGGUUUUGGCUUCUAGGAGUCCAAAACAUCUGCACUAGAGCAGCCUUCCCCAGUCAGAUGUCAUGGGACUACCACUCCCAUCAUUCCUGGCUGAGGAUGCUGGGAGUUGCAGUCCCAACACAUUUGUGGGGGGUUCCAGGUUAGGGAGAGCUCCUGUAGAGCCUGCCUGAAAGUGAAAAUGGAAAACAGUAUUGCAUUUCUCUUUUAAAAGUAGAAUUGAAUUUUGGCCUGGAGGGCCGUGGGCCCUUUCUUUCACGCAAGUAGUUUAAUGCGACCCUCACUGAAAUGGAUUCCGUGUGCCUUCAGAUUUUUUGUACCAUGCUUCAGUCAUUCCAAUUUAAAUGCCUCUGUAAGAUACAGCGCUGGACAAUGGAGCCAACGAUGUGUUUCAAGGACUCUGCUUUAGGCUUCUGCCUAAUCUGCAAUCCUAUACACACUGAUCUGAGAGAGUUAGGCCUAAUCUACACCAAGCAGGAUAUAGCGGUAUGAAAGUGGUAUAUAAAAGGCAGGAGCCACACUGCUGCUUUAUAGCAGUAUUGAAGUGCACUGACCACUGUUGGGACCCAUUGACACCUACCAUAUACUGCUUUCAUACUGCAAUAUCCUGCUUGGUGUAGAUGAGCCCUAAAUCUCAUUGAACUUAGUAGGACUGACUUCUGAGUAGCCCUGCAUAGGAUUGCCCUGAAAGUUAAGCACUUUGAAUCCCUUGAAAACAACAGGAGAGUUUCUAAACAUGUGCUUAACUCUCCCUUAAAAUGAACGGGACAUAAAUGUGCUUAACUUCAGCUAAUUGGGCACUGCUUUCAUAUUGCCUGAUUUUUCAGACUUUCCUACACUGCCUAACACACAUGAUAGAAGUCUGUAUUUGUGUAAUUUUGAAUCUUUUUUUUAUUGCAUGUAGAAUACGCAGCAACAACAACAAAAAAUUGAGUGUUUGUGUGAAACUCUUUUAAAGUGGAACAUUUUCCUGCUAGAAACACUAGGAAAUACUGUUUUAUAUAAAGCUGGUUUUAAAGCAAA